AUGGUCUCUAUGACAAGUGGAAGCUUGAUUAUAGAGCAUUUUGUACCGGAAGCAUCAUCAGGGAGGAUAGGACUAAAGCGGAGUUUCGACAAGAUUCGAGUGGUUGGAGGUAUCCUGCACACAAUAACACAACAGCCUUUUUCUCAUGAGAUCCAACAGUGGAGGAACGUGAAGCACGUAUACUCGCAGCGUUUUUAUAGAUUCCCAGCCUUUAAUCUUGCUAUAGUUGAGGUGAAUACGAACUGGUUAUUCAAUCAGUUUGUUAAUAAAAUACCAUACUCUCAGAAAAACUAUGACUUCGACGGCGUAUGUAUGGGAGUCAUAUUAAAGACAACCAGGAGUUGGUCGAAAGACAAAAGUCUCUUUACUACAGAUUUGAAAAUACACAGACAGAGACUGUGUGAACAUAAACUUUUGAGAAGCUGUUGGCAAUACUACUGCUCUGAAUAUGUUUCUGCAUUGGCUUCCACUGAAACGGAGGGUGGUGGUCUCGUUUGCUAUGGCACGGGUGAUCCAGCAGAGGACGAAAAGCUGGGAGUGUUAGUUGGUGUGACGUCACUUAUUAAUCAAAACCUGCCCAAUGUUCAUCUACGAAUUGGUGUAUUCCACAAAUGGGUGACUGACAGUGGUGGAGUAUUCCAAUUAAAUAGAAUAUUUUUUGUUGCAUUUGUGUUUGUGAUAAUAUAUUGA